ACCGGGCGGCUGGCGCGCGCGCCCACUGUGGGCCGCUCCCGUUACCGGGGCAACCGCGGCGCUUCCUCCUCCCUGCGGGCCGCGAGCCUCUCUCCGCGCCAUUUUCAAACCGAGCCAGCGCCGGAGCCCUUGGCGGCAGCGGGAGCAGCCAGUGAGGACGGCGGGCCCCGAGGGCGAUGCGCCCCCGGACGGGGAGCGGCGGGCUUUAAUUUUGGAGAGUGAAUAAAACUGGUUUUGGAAGACAAGAUGACGACAGCUUCAGAAAGAAAGUAUAGUAACAUUAGGAAAAGGCUAGACCAGCUGGGGUACCGCCAGACUCUGACAGUUGACAGUCUGCCUUUGGUAGAAAAACUUUUCAGUGACUUAGUUCAUACAACAGAGAGCCUGCGGCAGUCCAGGUUGUCCUCGGAAAAGGCGGAAAAGGAAAGUGCCAAUUUUGAUUUUGCUUUGGAACCUUAUAAACUUGAAAAUGCAAGACUAUGUAAGGAGAAUAAUGAACUGUAUCUGGAGUUAAUGAAGCUGAGAGAACACUCAGACCAGCACAUGAAAGAGUUGAAAACUGAGUUGAAGAAAUGUUCACGUGAGACAGCUGAUCUGAAAUUUCUGAAUAACCAGUAUGUUCACAAGCUCAGACUCCUGGAGAAAGAGAGCAGAGCAAAGAAUGAAAAAAUCCAACAGCUUCAAGAAAAGAAUUUGCAUGCUGUAGUGCAGACUCCUGGUGGCAAGAAAAGACACAUUGCAUUUAGGCGUCAGCGGAUGCAAAUCGAUGAGCCAGCCCCACCCUCUGAAGUCAGUUCAUACCCAGUUCCACAGCCAGAAGACCCAUACAUUGCAGACCUCCUGCAGGUCGCUGACAACAGGAUUCAGGAACUUCAGGAGGAAGUCCACCAGCUUCAAGAGAAGUUAGUAGUGAUGGAAAACGGAGUGAGAGAUUACAGCAAGCAGAUUGAGCUAAGAGAACAAGAAAUCGAACGACUGUCACUUGCUUUGGAUGGUGGUCGUUCCCCUGAUGUCCUGUCUCUGGAGACUAGAAAUAAAACCAAUGAAAAGCUUGUUGCUCACCUAAAUAUUCAGGUUAACUUCCUUCAGCAAGCUAAUAGAGAACUGGAGAAGCGUAUUCAAGAGCUCCUGGAAACCAAGGAAACAGUGACAACUGAAGUUGUAAGCCUAAGUAACAAAAACGAAAAGCUCUGCCAGGAGUUAACCGAAAUCGACCAGUUAGCCCAGCAGCUGGAAAGGCAUAAAGAGCACGUGCUGGAGACGGCGGACAAGGAGCUCGGCGAGGCAAAGAAAGAAAUUAAAAGAAAACUCUGUGAAAUGCGGAACCUUGAAGAAAAAAUGUCAAAACUUCAACUGGAGUUGGACUUAAGCUAUAAGGAAAAGGAGAGGCUGAAUGAUGAGCUCCUUCUGAAGUCAGACCUGGAGAUUGUUGUUCAGCAGCUUGAAGAAGAGAAGCACAGACUCAGCAAAAAAUUGGAAAGUUUUGCAGUCACAGAAAGAGAACUGACUUUGGAGGUGGAAAGGAUGAGGCUAGAGCACGGGAUAAAACGUCGUGAGAAGUCGCCCUCUCGGUUGGACACGUUCCUGAAAAGUAUAGAGGAAGAGCGUGAUUAUUACAAGAAAGAGCUGGAGAGACUGCAGCAUAUCAUCCAGCGGAGAUCUUGUUCUGUAAAUUACUGUGGACGGGAAAAACCCUCGGUACUCAAAGGCGCAGAAAAGGGUGACCACAAUCCAGACCUUCACUCGGUCACAAGAGAAAGGGAUGAGCUCCAGCGCAUGCUACAAAGAUUCGAAAAAUACAUGGAGGAUAUACAGUCCAACGUGAAACUGUUGACUGCAGAAAGGGAUAAACUAACCAUCUUGUAUAACGCACUUAUCAGUGUGUCAGAUCAACCAAAGGCAAAGGAAGAGCUGUCCGCACUAAAACAAGAGUCCAGUAGUGUGACAGUCCCCAACAGUCUUGUUAGUUGUAUAGAAAAGGAGAAAGAGCGUGCACUGUCUGACUUAAGAAAAAUUACGGCGGAGAAGGAAGCUCUGAAAGAAAAGUUGAAAAAUAUCCAAGAAUUGAACACUUUUGGAAAAUCAGAAUUAGAGAAAACUAUUGAAAAUUUGACAUAUAUUAAUCGCCAGCUUGAAAAUGAAAAAUAUGAGUUGCAAUCUAAGAUGUUAAUAAUGAAAGAGACAAUAGAGUCAUUAGAGAACAAAUCAAAACUCCAAGCUAAGUUUAGCCAUGUGACUGGUGACUCAUCUCAUCCGAAAACAGAGGUGAACUCUCUUAGGAUAGUAAAUGAGCAGCUUCAGCGGUCACUUGAUGACACUCAGAACCGACUUGCCUUAAAAAGAGGUGAACUUGAAUCAGCCCAAGAACAAAUUAGAAUUCUGGAGGAAAAUCUAGAGAAAAUAAGACGUGAGAUGACGUCACAGAGCGAAGAAACACAGGCAAUGAAGAAGACCAUUGGAGUGAUUGACAAGGAAAAGGACUUUCUCCAGGAGACUGUGGAUGAGAAGACAGAAAAGAUUGCCAGCCUGCAAGAGAGCCUCAUCAGUAAAGACAAAGUUAUUGCCCAAAUGAAGGUCACAGUCACAGAGUAUGAAAUGUCUUUGAACCAGCUAAAGGAAACCUUGGCCAAUCGGGACCGAGAGAUAAGCAGCCUCCGACGCCAGCUCGAUGCAGCUCACAAGGAGCUGGAAGAAGUUGGGAAAUCUAGAGAGAUGUGUUUUAAGGAGAACAGAAGGUUACAAGAUGACCUGGCCACGGUGGCAAGGGAAAAUCAGGAAAUCUCAAUUGAAUUAGAAGCAGCAGUGCAAGAGAAAGACGAAAUGAAGAGCAGAGUUCACAAGUACAUCACUGAGGUGUCAAGAUGGGAGAACCUAAUGGCUUCUAAGGAAAAAGAAAACCAAGACUUACUGGACAGAUUCCAGAUGCUUCAUGACCAAGCUGAGGACUGGGAGAUCAAAGCGCAGCAAGCAGAAGGGCAGAACAGCUCAGUGCGCCUGGAGCUGCUGUCCAUCGACACUGAGCGGAGACACCUGCGGGAGCGAGUGGAACUCCUGGAGAAGGAGAUCCAGGAGCACAUAAAUGCACAUCAUGCUUAUGAGUCUCAGAUCUCGUCAAUGGCAAAAGCCAUGUCUCAGUUAGAAGAAGAGCUGCGACAGCAUGAAAACGAGAAAGCAACCGUGUUAGGUGAUCUGUCGUCUCUCCAAGAACUUUGCAUUAAGCUUGACUCGGGCAAAGACCUCAUGACCCAGCAGCUGACGACCAAGAGCCUCGAGCUGGAUCGGGCGGUAGCAGAAUUAGAGAAUGUGAAAUCAGAAUCGGAACUGUUAAGAAAACAACUGACAAGUGAGAGACAGACAAUUAAAAACCUUGAGUCCUUGUUAGCUACAAACAGAGAUAAAGAAUUUCAUUCACAUAUGACCUCCCAUGAGAAGGAUACAGAAAUCCAGCUACUGAAGGAAAGGUUAAACAUCUCAGAAAGCAAACUAACUAGCCAAAGCCGAGAAACCUCCAUGUUUCAAGCUAAACUGACACAGUUGCAGACAGAUUAUGAUAAUCUGAAAAGGCAGUUUUCAAAUGAGAGAUAUGAACGAGAGCGAGCGAUCCAAGAGAUGCGCCGACAUGGUGUUCCUACAUCACCUCUUAAUUCUGCUCUGAGGUCUCCUGUACAGUCUCUUGAUGAUGUAAAUUCAUAGUUAUCAGGAAGAUUAUGGCUUUCAGUGAGUUCCUACAUGGAGUCUUAAAGAUCACAAGAGUAAUGAAAUAUUUGAAGUACUUGUUCCUGCGAAUCAUGAACAUUGACACAAAUUCUACCUCUGUCAACCUUUAUUUAAAUUAGUGGAUAUUUAUGUAAAAAUGUUUAGUUUUCAAAGAGCCUUAUAUGUAUAUUUUCAUAUAUGUGAAAAAACAAAAUAUGUAUUAAUAGCUUAACUGAUGUGAUAUGUGAAUUUUAUUAUUCCCAACUAAAAUUACCCUUUAAGAUGUGUUUAUACUGUGAAUUAACUUAGUAUGCUCACAUUAUGCUUUAAUAAUCUGUUUCUUAAUGAGCCAUAAUAUAUGCAUGUAAAUAUUCGUUCAUUAUUUAGGUGUGUUUGGUUUUCAUACCUGUGUUUAUAGCCCAUACAUAGCAUGAUGAAUUAAGAGAAUGACCCAUGUAAGGCUUUUCUCCUAAGUGUGCCAUCAGUACUCAUUUUCUGUCUGUCAUACUGGGGAAUAUGUUUAAAUCUAAUCUAACAGGAGAACUCUUUUUUAUUUUUUAAUAAAAGAGUUUCUUUGAGCUUAUGGUUCCAGAGUGAUAGGAGUCCGUCAGGGAAGCAUGGCAGCAAGCAGCAAGCAUAGCAGUAGGAGCAGGAAAUGGAGUGAUCACAUCUUUACCGCAAGCACAAGGCAGAGAGUGACCAGGAAGUAAGGAAGUGCUGUGUACUCUGGAAGCCCUUCCCCAGGGACAUUGCCAUGUGUAAUUAGUUCUUGCAAGCCAGGAGAACUGCAGUGGGACAGAUUCAUGUUUCUUUGAUGUGCCUUGUGGGCUGUCAUGUGAGCUCUUUACAUGAUGCAGUUCUUUUUUUCAGAAUUAAGCUAAAAUAUAUUCAGAGUUUGUAAAACAAUGAAAUGGAAAUUUGAAGCAUUUUUUUACUAAUUAAAUUCUUCAGUGUAAUAUAAAAUUUCAAAAUAUAAAAGUAUAUAAGGUAAAUGCAGAAAAGUCUUUUUGUUAAAAGUCCAAUAUGCAUCUGACAGUACUAUCUGUGGCCUCUGCACCUGUGUAACUUACCCACUCUUUCAGAAUAGUAUGUAAACACCAUCCCUGUGGCACAUAAAGUGAAAACAGCUUCGUACAAAUUCACUUUCAACAUUGCAACUUUAAAGAAUUUAGGUGUCUGCAAAAAUUAAAGAGAGCAGAAGUACAAAAUAAAAUGACUGACACAAAUACUGAUCAUGUCUCAACCAUUCACGUUUGAAGACUAUCCUCUUUUAAAGCCAGAUUUCAUUAUGACUGAGAAGUAACUUAAAACUCAGCACAAAUAAGUAAAAGAUCAGCUAGAACACCUUUUCUCCUCUUGGCUUGAUAAAGAGUAUGUGUGUGUGCACGUCCCUGAAGGUGGUAGUCCUCCUUGUGUAACUGGUGUGCCUUCUGUGUUCAGGCCAUGUCCUUUGCAAUAAUUUGCUGCGUAUUUGAGUAUGUGACAACUUACUUUCCCGUCUUUGUAAUUUUAUUCAUUCUAUCUCUUGAGUAAAUUCAUGUUCUAUACAAAAGAAGGACCAUUUGUAGUGUAAUUUGGAAAAUCUUUUAAUAAAUACACAUAAAUAAAAUACUUGUUCCCACCUUUAUCCCCAAAGCAUCACAAGACAAUCUCUGUUAAAUGUUCAUUUUUAAUGUCUUCUGUAAUUAUAAAUGUGUCACUUUCAUACUUUUUAUUUUAUAAUCAUCAUACUGAAGUUUUAAAAAAUUAUUUUAAUUUAAAAAACAAUGUGUUUUUUAAUGGAUGUUUUUACUUUUGUUUUAAAUAAUUUUAAAUCAUGGAGCUUGACUAUGGAUUUGCCAAUAAAUGUACCAGCCAAUUUA